ACUAUCACAUGGUGCGGAUAAACCUCCUGGUUAUUAAAUGUCCAUAUUGUAACACCCAAAGAGCCAUUAAAACUUGAAACCUUGAACGAUGUCUGCCGUGCUGCUCUUGUCCAUUUUGAGUUUGUGUUUUUCAGGUACUGUGAAUGCUGCUUGUGUACAGGGAGGUUCCAAUGGGUACUACUAUCAAAGAUGUAUUUCGAAUAGAACGUCCUAUUACUCGAUGUCUGCAGGGGCCAUCGCCGGUGCAGUAAUCGGUUCUCUUACAGUCUUGGCAAUAAUAAUAUUCUUCAUUGCUUUCUGUUGUUGGAAAAUAAGAAAGGGUUCUCCACCGACACCCGGUACAAUAACACAGAACCAGCCCAAUAUCACCGUGAAUACAGCAGCAACAGGAAACCCUGUGACGCAGGUCCCUAAUCAGCAGAAUUACCCAAUGACCCCCAACAAUGGAUCCUUCACACUGCGCAUGCACACCGGAUAUGACCAGUAAUUAGAGAUUUUCAUCGUUCACGUAAUACGUGGUUAUUGAUGUUGCAAACUUAAUUUUUACGGAAAGGAUGCUACUCUCAUACAUCUAUGAUAAAAAUAUGUCGUUGUGUGUCAAGGAAAAAUAAAUAGUGACGCACAAUUCAUGUAUAUAACAUUUAUUUUCUAUUCAAUGUGAUUGAUUUCCGUGUGCUUAUCUUUUGAUUAGUUUUAUAUGCUGUAACAGUUACAUAUAGAUGUCAUAUAGCACUAAUAAAUUAUUAUUGUACAUAUG